AUACGACGAACAAAUUCAGAAGAAGAAGAAAAAAAAAUUGAGGAAAGUGAAGCAAAGCGCAUUGGAGUCGUGGAAAAUAUCGACUCCGCCCCGCGGUGGUCGUCGUCGCGUCGCCGUCCCACAUCCAUCUUCUCCUCCCCUCCCCUCCGCGCGGCGACUCUGCCCGCCGCCGCCGAUCCGGCAUCCGCUCCGACCCCGGCGAGGAUCCGAUCGGGUCCUUCGUCGCCGCCGGUGUUUGCGUGGUGGUGGAGGAGGAGGAGGAGGGGUAGCUCGCCGACGCGCGGCUAGAUCUGCGGCCUGCUGCGCGGUGGUGGGGUGGGGGAGGCAUGGAGGGUAACAAGGACGACGCGGCCAAGUGCCUGCGCAUCGGGAAGGGCGCGCUCGACGCCGGCGACAGCGCCCGCGCCGUCAAGUUCCUGUCCAAGGCCAAGCGCCUCGACCCCUCCCUCCCCAUCGACCACCUCCUCGACCCUCUCCUUAACCAGGACGACACGCCCUCGCCCUCCUCGGCGGCCUCCUCGUCGUCGUCGUCCCCGCAGGCCCCGCCGCCGCCGCCGCCGCCUCGUUCAGCAGCAGAGGAAGCAGCCGGGAGUGAUGGUUUGAGAGAGAGGAAGCAGAAGGGUAAGAAGAAGGAGGAGGAGGAGGAGAGCGGUGCCGACUCUGCCGGCGCGAGGUCGUACACCACUGAGCAGCUGGAGGUUGUGCGCCAGAUCAAGAAGCACAAUAGGGACUACUACCAGAUCCUCGGCCUUGAGAAGGACUGCACCGUGGAGGACGUGCGCAAGGCCUACCGCAAGCUCUCCCUCAAGGUGCAUCCCGACAAGAACAAGGCCCCUGGUGCCGAGGAUGCGUUCAAGGCCGUCUCCAAGGCCUUCCAGUGCCUUAACGAUGCUGAGAGCCGCAAGCGCUAUGACCUUGUUGGCUCGGACGAGCCAGUGACUUACAACAGGAGGGCUGCCUCCACUGCCCGUGCAUACAAUGGGUUUUAUGAGGAUGAAUUUGACCCGGAUGAGAUAUUCAGAAACUUCUUCUUUGGCGGGAUGGCGCCUGCCACUACAAGACAGUUUGGGCAGUUUGGCACGUUUCAUUUCAGGACUGGCGGCAUGCACCAUGGCCAUGGGGCGCAAAACUCUGGUGGCUCCACUGUCCGAAUGCUUAUUCAGCUGUUGCCUGUCCUACUGCUGCUGUUGCUCAACUUCUUACCAUCUUCUGAGCCUGUCUACUCCCUGUCCCGAUCUUACCCGUAUGAGCACAAAUUCCAAACUGCACGUGGAGUCACAUACUUUGUCAAGUUAACUAACUUUGAGGAGCAGUAUCCACACCAGAGUACUGAACGUGCAACACUGGAGCGGCAUGUUGAGAGGGACUACUUCUCAAUAGUAUCACAGAAUUGUAGGGUUGAGAUGCAGCGUCGACACUGGGGGCUUUCCUAUGAGACGCCACACUGCGACAUGCUCCGGAAAUUUGAGGCAACAGCACAGUAAAAUGUCCAGUGGAGCUAGGCACACAAGAACUUUGGACUUGGUGUAAAGGUUUCCUAUGCUUGCUCCUUUGAUUACCGGCUUCAAAUUGGAGGGGACAAAUUAGUUUUGACUAGCGGUAAAUUUUGUGGAAUAAGUGCCUUCGAUGACUACACACUCCGCCUUAUACCAUCUUACCAGUGUUGAGGCUCUUGAAAUGGUAGCUACUCAAAUGGAUAUGUAAUUCAUCAAGUUUCAUAGGGGAUUGAUCAACGUGCAAUCAUGUGUAUGUAUAUGAAGCACAUCUAUCUUGUUUUUAUCUUCAGUCUUCGGAGAAUACCUGACUAAACAGACGUCAUACUUUACAAUGCAAAAAUGGUUCUGCAUC